GUCAACAUGGACCAACUUCAGAGCUAAUUGGAAGUUAUAUGUCAUCAAUGUGCAAAUCACUUCCCAAUGUCAACUUUGUCAUGCCAAAGUUAUCAGCUGAUCAGAAUAACUUUUUUGAUAGACUACUUAUGGCAAAAGACCUUCAAGAUGUUUGUGCAUGCACAUCUGAAGAACGAAUUUUGAAGAAGCUUGUUGACAGGAUGUAUUAUGAUGAUUCAGUGAGUUGUUCAAACAAGGAUCAAAUGUCAGAAUAUGAACAUAUCAUGCAGAACAUAGUGCCAUUCAUUGAUGCAACAUUCAGUGGGGUGCCACACUACCGUGUUCAUUACUUUGAAAGUGCACUUCAUGCCACAGUGAUUCAUCAUAAUAAGGUGUCAGGUGGCCUUCCAAAGUGCACAUGUGCUAAAGGGUGGAUGGACACUUACACUCUCAAACUUGGGUGGGAGCUACAUGAUAUAUGGGUUCUGGCUCAAGACAUGCUGAAGGAGGUUAUAGUUAAUGCAAGCUCUUUAGUUGUGUGGGGAUUCACAGUUGUAGCAUAUACAAUAUGCAUUUAUUAUUAUGCACUUGCUGCAGCUGGUGGCUUGUUUCAUCUUAUGCUUGUCUGUGAGGCACCACUGCCUUCAUCAAACAUGGACAUGUGCAAUGUCAAGAUUGCCUAUUGUGCCAUGUUAGGGUUUUUGCAAAAGCUGGAUGCUACCAAGAUGAAAUUGGUUAAUCUGAACAAAGAGAGAACAGCAAUUUUGUGCUCUGGUGUUAAGCGAAAGGAUCCACCUUCCUUAUUUUGUUUACCACCAGUCAUGUUAACUCCUCAAAAAAAUUCUUCAAAAAAGAAGAAAGUUGAGGUUGACAAGGUUGAAGAAGUUACUGUAAAUGCAUGGCAUUUUUCUAAAUGUUACAUG